GAGCGCUCAGGAAACAGGGAGACUAUGAGACAGCGCAGCAGCUCCAUUCAACCACAUGGUUCCUCAACCGCACAGACAAGCUGCGCUGCAGACAGCCAGGUUCACAUAAGGGACUUGCAAGGCUGUUGCCCACAGCGGAGCGUUUUGAGGCUUGCAGGUCGUGUUUUCAGCCGCACAGGCAGUUGAAAGUUGCUGUUUACUAGUUUCGGGAUUUAUUUCUUGUUUCCGUGAAAGUUGAGAGACGAGGCGUCUCCGAAACGGCCUGAACUGAAGAGAAGAGACUUGGAUGAACUUUUUGCUCUGGUUUUAAAGCGCCUGAAAUAAGAAGAAGUGAGGAAAUAUUUUUUGUGAAAGCCGAAUUGGCAUUUUUGUGCACUUGAACUUUGUCAAAGCACUGAACUGAACAGUGCUUUCCAGACACUUUGAAGGACAGGAUGGUGCAGCACAUGAGCCAGACAGAGAGCGCCCACGCUCACUCUCCCGGCGGGGACUCCACGGACACGGGAGAAAUGGACUUGGAGAUGGAUGUGUCUCCGACCCCCGAGUCCCCCUCAUCCGGGGUGCGGAGCGACUUGGCGUGGUGCAAAACUCCGACGGGACACAUCAAGAGACCCAUGAACGCGUUCAUGGUCUGGUCUCAGAUUGAGAGGAGAAAGAUUAUGGAGCAGUCGCCGGACAUGCACAACGCGGAGAUCUCCAAGCGGCUGGGGAAGCGCUGGAAGCUGCUGAAAGACACAGACAAGAUCCCGUUCAUCCGUGAGGCGGAGCGGCUCAGACUCAAACACAUGGCCGACUACCCAGACUACAAGUACCGGCCCAGGAAGAAGGUGAAGUCGGGAAGUGGAACAAGUAAGCAGGCGGACCGCGGAGAGAAGAGCGGGGAGCGCAGCGCCAAAUCUGGCGUGAAAAGAAGCCCCGCGUCCAAAGGAGUGAACAGGACGCACAAACAGGGGGGCCUGAAGAGCGCUGCGGGGCAGGACUACGCGUCUCCCGGUGACCACCAGGCGCUGUUCAAAUCCAGGUCAGUGUCUGGAGCAAGGCAGAUCCCGGAGAAACGCAGCGGAGAGGCGAGGCGCGGCCACAUGUUCGGCGGUGCAGGCAGCCUGGAGAGCGGGCCUCCCUCUGUGGGAGUCCCAGCCAGUCCCACCUUGAGCAGCUCGGCGGAGUCCAGCGACCCGCUCAGCCUGUACGAGGAGCAGAGCCCCGUGGCCAGCGAGUCAUCACACACCGCGCGCCUCAGGUACGCUCGCGCCUCCUCUCCAACACCGUCAGCCUCUCACUCUUCCUCAUCCGUGUCAUCCUCCUCAUCAGAUGAAGAGUUUGAAGACGAGCGGCUCGAGCUGAACCCCAGCCCCGGGUUUGAGAGCAUGUCCCUGGGAGGCAUGGGCUUCUCCGACGCAGAGCUGGACCGAGACUUGGACUGGAGCUUCGGGGAGUGCGGGGCGGGGUCUCACUUCGACUUCCCCGACUACUGCACCCCGGAGGUCAGCGAGAUGAUCUCAGGAGACUGGCUGGAGUCCACCAUCUCCAACCUGGUGUUCACCUACUGAAAAAGGAGAGGAGCCGUGACGCCCCCCCCUCCCCACGUUUUGAACUGAUCAACCCCUACAGACAGGCGCGUGCGUCCUGACCAGAAUAUUUCCGCCAUUCUUUCACUAAAUAAGGGAGAGUGAAAACAGGGAAGAAAAGGUGGCCUGUGUGCGCGUUGAAGCCCAGGUACGCGCCGCUCACAGACUUGGACAGCGCUCAGUGCGCUUGACGGACACGCGCAGACCGGGGGAAAUGCUUAGUUUGCAUUUGGACACGGAGGAGGAGUGAAUGUAAGCAGAGAGCAGUGAAACACACGGACUUCAGCUCAAAUGUUCAAACCAAUCCGCAGAGGAUGAGGACUGAGAACGAACUUUGAAUCUUAAUGUUAUUUCGGGUCGGGACAAAGGGACAUUUACUGGACAGCUCGUCAUGUUGGGUUUUGUUAAAGAUUUAGCCAGUUCACAUUGACCAUCAAGUUUCUAUUCAGGUGUAGUUUUCUUUCCAAACUCGAAAUAGUUUCAAUAUCAACACGCAUGCCCUCCGAGAUAAGGAGGAUUUUGUUGUUGUUAAAUGCGUAAAAAUGUUCAUUGCUGCGUAAUUACGCAAUGUGUGUGACCAUAGGACACAAUUCACUAUCACCAGCUUCUCUUUCAACGGCAGGACUUAAAGCAAAGACUGACUCCAAACUUCAGAAACCCUUUUCUGAACCUUUUUAAACACUCAGUGCACAAUUUCAGGACCAAUGUUCCCCGACGCGCAUCCUUUCUGCCUAGUGCUUCAACUUUGUAGUUCCUCUGUGUCAGAUGACGUUUUUUAUAUCGAUGUAUUUAUACCGGCCAAACUUUUUUAUACAUAGAAGUAUUGUUCUCGUACAGGUCUCGUUUGUGUUUGUGCACAUACACCUGUCUGUAUCCAGCGCGGAAGGGCUAGAAGUGUAUCUUAUUUAAAAAUGUCUGACUUCUCUCACUUUUAAGGAGACUUGAGUGUGUCAUGAUUUUCUACUUGUAUUUUUGUACAAAAUCUAUAGAAAGGGGGUUUCCAGCGAGUGGGUAGCCUACAACAUUGUUGUUUGGGUCUACAUUGGUGUUUAGACAUGCAGAGGGGGGUUUGUUUGGCACAAUCUGACCUCACACAGUGUUUACAGUAUUUACCCACAUGCUUCUUAAUGGCACAGUGACUCCAGUUUCACCAGCGAGUAAACAAGGCACCACUGAGACUCCCAGUCUGAGUAGUGACUGUUUCCAGUACACAUAGACCUGAACGUAUACGAGUGAACGAUCCCAGAGAGUCACUGUUUGGAUAGAGCUAAUACCUCUGUGUGCUUUUUUCUUCUUUUUUUUUGUUAUCAAGAUAAGUUUUAUUUGAACCACUGGAUGGAAUUUCACACUCAUUCCACUUUGCCUAGACUUUGGAGGGAGGGAGAUGUAUGAAGUGCUUCAUCUGUUAUUGCGCAAAUUGCAUCAAAAAAUAGUAUUUAAUCUUUCUGUACCUGUUGGCUAAGUAUAGCAGGCUAAUUGUUUUCCUAUAUUAUGGCAUGGCAAAUAGCAUUUGUAUUUCAGAUUCAGGUAUAUGUAGCUAUAGCUGUUGUGUUUAAGAUUUUUAAAAGAAUAAUAACAUGAAGAUAUUUAUGUAAACUGACUGUACUAUAAGCAAAGAUUGUGUGUUUUAUGUAUGAUGAUGAUCAACGACAGGCACUAGGACAGCCAUCUUUGGACAUCCUUAUGUUGAAGAUGAUUGUGGUCCAGGAGUUUCCUUUUUUCUUUUUUUACCUUUCCAGACAUCUUUUCUAUUGUCCUUUUUUUCAUUUGUGCAAUAUGCUGUGUAUGAUCAUGUUUCGUCCUAUCAUGCCAAUAUCAUUUGAUGUUUAUAGCUCAAAACCAGCCAAUGUUUGGGUCAAUCACUGCCUCUCAGACCUCUGUACAGAUUGUCGUUUUUUUUUAUUUGUUUUUCUUUUCUUCCAAGAAGGAAAUAAAAUCAGCUGGAACUGAAAAGUA